UUCCAUAACUGACAAUGAGAGCAUUGGUAUUCCAUUGCCUGAACGAACUAGUCAGCUUUUUUUAAUCUAGAAUUGUUUCAUUUACCUUAGCUUUUUUAACCAACAGUAUAAAAAUGUUGCGUUGACUUUUAUUCUUUCGCAUUAUUCAUUCAUUUCGGAUUGAUGAACUAUUGACAUGAUAUUAUUUUUUUACAUAUAGGAAUAUUAUUUUAUCGUGCUCUUGGGACAUUGUCUUUUAACUGAUAUAACAGGAGUUUAGAAGAGAGAGACGAGAUUAUAACAAAAGAAAAACAAAUGCCAGAAAUGUGUAUAAACGCUUUAAAGAAUGCUACUUGACAAGAAGGAAAGUGUGCAAAUAAGAAAUAAAAUGAAGAAUUAAAAUGUCAGAAGAAUGGUGCUGAGAAUAGAAUAGAAGUAAAAGAGGAGCAGUUUUGCCCGCCGUAAUGAUGCCCAUGUGGACAUCAAAGGACAAUUUACACUGCAACAUUCAAUUUAUCUUCCUAUACAUGUUAAAUGCAGCCUUACUCUCGACUUCGCUCCUGGAAACAGAUACGGACAAAACAGUAAACAUAGGUGUUGUUUUAGACAGUGCUGAUCCAAGAGCAGAGUCCAUAAUAAUGUCUAUAAAAAUUGCUAUGCAGGCUUCAAACAAAUCCAUAUCUGCUAAAAUGAAUCCAUUGAUAAAUAAAACCGAUCUUAACAACUGUUUCAACCUAACCAAUACUUUUUGUCACCUCAUUUCGAUGCAACCUAUUGCCUUGUUUGGAAUAAGUAACGGAGAAGCGUAUAAUGUUUUCAAAUCAUAUAGUAGUAAGCUAGAAAUACCAAUGUUUCUACCUACAAAGUCACGAGGAUUAAAUGACAAGGAUUUUUUAAUCAACAUGUGCCCUUCAUUUGUAGACGCUCUUAUUGACGUCAUCAAGUUCUUUCGGUGGGAGAAAAUGUUCUAUUUAUACGACAGAAACGAUGCAAUAUGGCGCCUACAGAAGAUUUAUCAAGCGUUUGGUGAAGUAGAUGAAAUUUCAGGCUGGACCCAGCCGGAUAUUGAAGCUAUCCGUGUACCUAACGUUAGAGACAGCAGAGACCUUCUACAGAAGCUAGACAAACAGUUCAAACUAGAUGCUAAAAUUUUCGUCCUCGACUUUCAUUCAAUAGCGGAUUACAAUGCUCUUAUGAAACAGAUAGUACAAGUCGGAAUGAACAAAGAUGGAUAUCAUUACAUUUUAGGAACGCUGGAUAUAAAUGGCUUGGAUAAAUCUAUAUGGAAGUCUUACAAAUAUGGCGGUGUCAAUGUAACAGGUUUCCAGCUUGUAAAGCAUAUUCAUCGCCGUGGUAUACCACUUGGUCUGUUAGAUGAAAAUGGAAAAAUAUCGGUAGAAGCGGCUCUCAAUGUGGAUGCCGUCGCAGUUCUCACUACAGCCAUUAUAAAAAUGAUUCAGCAAAAAAUCAUUAGCUUUCGCCGAGGUCAGCUUUAUAUGAAUAUGAGUUGCUCCUCAAAUCCAGUACAAGUCAUGGAAAAUGGACAAUCUAUUUUACAAACAAUAUUGAACGUUACACUUGAAGGAUCUAACAAAGGUCUUUCGGGAAAGGUAGCAUUUGAUGAAUAUGGGAACAGAAGGGGUUAUAAAUUAGACUUAUAUCAUUUAAGUUUCAAAUCGGAACUGCGAGAGGUGGGAUAUUGGGAGGAAGGUGUUGGGUUGAGAGAUAUGGCCAUUAAUCGAAAUGUUGACAACAAUGUAGAAAAAUCAGCCAAUGACACAAUGAUUGUAACAACCAUUAUUAGUGAGCCAUUUGUACAGCUGAAAGAUGAUGAUAACGGAAGUUCUCGCACUGGGAACGACAGGUUUGAAGGAUACUGUAUAGAUAUGAUGAAACUGUUAGCAGAAAAAAUAGGAUUUAAUUAUACAAUAAAAAUAGUUGAUGAUGGUGCGUACGGAUCUCCAGUGACAGAAAAUAAUAAAACAUCAUGGAAUGGGCUUAUUGGAGAGUUGAUCAGAAAGGAAGCUGACAUAGCUCUGGCUAGUUUAACAAUAACAAUGAAGAGACAAACCGCAGUUUACUUCACCAAACCGUUCAUGAGUACUGGAAUUAGUAUCAUGAUAAAGAAACCUGAAAAAGAGAGGCCUUGGGUAUUUUCAUUUAUGCAACCUUUAUCAUUUGAAGUUUGGGGAUGUAUAAUGUGCGGAUUCUUUGCUGUGAGUUUUAUUCUAUAUAUGGUGGGACGAUUUAGUCCAUUUGAGUGGAGGAAUGGUGACAAUGGGGAGAAAGCCCCUUCAGAUACAUUUUCGUUUGGAAACAAUAUUUGGUACACAUUAGGAGCAUUAUUACAACAGGGACCGGAUGAGUUUCCGAGAUCGCUUUCAGGUAGAGUUCUUGCAAGUGCCUGGUGGUUUUUCACACUCAUUAUUAUAUCAACAUAUACAGCGAACCUAGCGGCGUGUUUGACGUUCGAAAGACUGAUAACACCCAUUAAUUCUGUAGAUGAUUUAGUGAAACAAAGUAGAAUAAAAUAUGGAACGCAGGCGUCAGGAGCAACAUAUGAUUUCUUUAAGGAUUCGAAUGUGACAGUCUAUAAAACAAUGUACGAGGUUAUGAAAUCAACAUUCCCCUCUGUGUAUGAACAUGACGCAGUUUCAGGGUGGGAUAGAGUCAUCAAAGGAAGGGGAAAAUAUGCUUUUCUCCUAGAAUCAUCCAGUAAUAAUUACUACAAUCAACGCAAGCCUUGUCAAACAAUGAAAAUAGGGAGGAAUUUAGAUGAAAAGGGAUAUGGUAUCGCAACUAGGAAAAAUUUUCCCCUGGGUUCACAAUUGAAUAUAGCUCUAUUAGAAAUUAGAGAAAGGGGCGACCUGCUGAAGUUAGAACAAAAAUGGUGGUACCAGAAGGGACAGUGUGCUGGUAGCAGUGGUGGGGGUAAAGGAAAGAAAGGGCUGAAUUUAAGUAACGUUUCAGGAGUAUUCCAUAUAUUGAUAAGUGGACUUGUUUUAGCUGUUUUUAUAUCCAUCUCUCAACUUGUGUGCCAUUCUUGUAUCAAAUCACGCUCUAAAAAGAAUAAAUAUAAAGUAAACAACGACAUAAAAGUGCUCGAGGAGGAGCCUCUAUCCGGAAGUCAUUAUCGGAAGCCCCCAGAACAACGUUAUAACACAUUUUAACGUAACGCUCUCAACGAUGACGUUGGAUAGGACGGAACACAUGUUUCAGCGAAUUUUGCUAUAGUAAAGAACCAACCUAUGCCUUAUGAAAAUAUUCGCAGGAGAACAAAUGUGGAAAAAUGCAAUACAUAUUUACAUAUCUCAUAAUAAAAUAGUUAAAUCAUUGGAGACACAGCUAAGAACUCGCCUUUUUUUCAAACAUUUUGCGUCAGUUUGAAACUUAACAUUAUAUUACAGCAUACAACAACAUUUUUACAGUGUAUCAGAACAUGCCCAUGAAAAGAAAUCUGGAAGAAAACAAAGAAAAUAUUACUAAUUGUUUUCUAUAAUACUAAAAAAUUAUCUCAACAAGUUAC